UAAGCACGAUGCGAAAAAAACACGUAAAUGACUACGCCAAGUUAUAUUUUUAUGCGUAAAAAAAAAGAAUAUUGUUAUUUUUCAAAGUAUUAAAACGUAAUCGUUAAAACAAUGGAGGAUAAUAAAAAUCGAGUGAAACUGAUGCUGGCAAUAGAGAACGAUGAAAUUGAGAAAGCAUUGGAAAUUUUAGAGGAAGAUAACAGGAAGGAUCUCCUUGAACCGCUCGGAUUGCUUAGAAUCACCGUGGUACACUUGGUCGCUUGGAAGGGUCAUUUAAAUUUGUUGAAGAAACUUUACGAAAGAGGAGCUAAUAUUAAUACUUCCGAUAAAAUCGGUAGAAGUGCAUUGUUUUAUGCCGCGCAUGCUGGUCAUCUUGAGGUUACCCAAUGGUUAUUGAAAAAGAACAGCUUCAAGGAAAGUAGAAUCGGCAUUGAUUCCUGUUGCAGACAUAAUUUUCCAAUGCAAUCAAAGAAUAAAGACGAUUGUCUAGUUGGUCAAGACCUGCCGGUACCAGAAUGUUGCGGUAGAACUCCUUUGCACCAAGCAGCAAGGAAUAAUCAUUCCGAUGUAGUGAAAACUUUGGUGAAAGCCGGUUCAAACGUUAACGCACAAGACGAGCGUGGUAAUACAGCUUUGCUUUUAGCAGGACAUAAUGUGAAUUCCAACGACGUUAUCGAGAUGUCGAAGUUCGUUGAAAUUAUCGACGUUCUCGUUUCCGCGAAGGCUUCGACCAAUGUCAUAGAUUCGAACACAGGUUUAACGGCAUUGCACCAUGCAACAAGAUUGGGUAGUCCCGAAGCGGUCAAAAAAUUGCUCGAUGACGAUGCGUGGCCUCUUUUUCAAUGUGCCGACACGAAGAGUACUCCCCUUCAUGUUGCAGCAUCCGAUGGAAACUUGGAAGUCCUAAUCAUUUUACUUAAAAAAAUUCGUCGGGAAUACGUUGACAUACGCGACAAGAUUGGUCAGACAGCCCUUCACCGAGCUUGUUAUCAAGGUCAUCGUGAAUGCGCCCGAGUUUUGAUCGACUACGGUGGCAAUUUAUCGGCAGAAACGAAAAGCGGCGUCACCGUUAUUGACGCAGUCUUUGCCCACAUUCAAAAUCCAACAUCGUUUCUAACAGACAUUAUGGAUUCUUGUGUUCAAUUAAUCGGUCAGAAAAAUAUUGGAAAAGAUGCUCGUAUCUCCGUCGAUUUUGGUAUUCUUGCACCUCGGAGAGAGCUACAAACCAACGUUAUCAUAGCUCUCAUAGCUGCGAUUUCGAAUGACGAACAAUUGGCGAUUUUGCAUCAUCCAUUGAUCGAGACGUUUCUUUGCUUGAAAUGGGCCAAAUUGCGUUUCUUUUUCUUCCUUCUUGUCGUCCUUUACGCCUUUUUCGUUCUCUCCUUAUCAAUCUUUGCCAUAACUCUUCUUCGAAAAUCUAACUAUUUCUUGCCACAAAUCAUACUUAUCUUGUGUUCGACCAUACUGUUACUUUAUAACAGUGCUCAGGUUUUGAUGUUACCAAGACACUACAUGAAACAAUUUGAAACAUGGUUGUCCUUCAUUAGUGCUGCAUUAUCGUUCAUGGCCUGCAUGAUCGUCAAUAAUCUACGACUUAUCAUAGAUACGAAAGGCGAAAAAAUACCUACUCCCGAAUUUGUGUUACAUCUCAUCAGCAUCGCCAUUUUACUGGGCUGGAUACAAAUGAUGCUGCUGAUAGGACGUUUUCCAAUUUGGGGAUAUUACGCUCUUAUGUUCUCAACAGUCUUGUCGAAUAUCUUAAAGGUACUCCUAGCAUUCAUCUGCAUGGUCUUUGGAUUCGCAUUGAGCUUUACCGUUUUGUUCUACGAAAACGAACAGUUCCAUGAUUGCUGGAGGGCCAUCGUAAAGACCACAGUAAUGAUGAUGGGCGAAUACGAUUACGAGAAUCUUUUUCCAUACAAUACCAAGAGUGAUAAGUCUUUUCUAGGGUUUACUUCUAGGGUCAUCUUUCUUGGCUUUGUAAUACUUGUGAGUAUGGUUCUAAUGAACCUGAUGAUCGGCCUCGCUGUCAACGACAUCCAAGGCUUACAGAAAAUGGGCCACAUUCGUCAAUUGCUCAAACAGGCGGAAUUCGUGGCACAUUUGGAGAAACUCACGUAUCAUCAAAUUUUCAAAAGCAAUUUGUUACAUCCUUGGCUUAGGACAAUCGUCAAUUCGAAACGCGUAAUGCCAACGAAAAUUGUACUGCACUGUCGCGACAAUAAUCUUUGCGAAUCCUUUCGUGGAAUAUCUGUUGAAUUAAUAGAAUCGUUGUUUCUUUUAGCCUCGAAGAAUAAUCAGCAAAAUGAGAAUUAUCUAAUUGGCUUCAAAUCACGCUACACCGGCACGAAUGUAAUGUCUUCGUUAAUCAAUUUGCAAGAACAAGUUCAUCAAUUACAGAAACUUCGUAAUCCGUCUAUUUCCAAAAAACGCUCGAAAUUACGUGGAAAACGAACAGUGUGUAAAAAAAUUACCACUUAGUACAUAAAUUAUAUUUACACACCCACCCGCACCCACUCACACGCACUUUCAACAUUUAUAUUUCAUAUAUACAUACGUUUCAUUUUUUAAGAAAAUUAAUUUAUAUUUAAUA